AUGACCUCCAGCUGCCCUGCCAAGUCCGCUGCUAGUUCUCAGCCUGAGGCACAGACCCAAGCUUUGACUCAGCAGGCUAACCCGCAUGUAACAUCCCCUUCCUCUCCACCUCAUUUACUAACGUCAGACCAAGACCCAGACAUUUGUCAGCCCAUGGCCAUCUGCGAGGAAAUUAGGCUUACGCCUCAGAUCCAAGGGCCUUCCCUUCCGGCUCCUCCUCUUCCCCAGGCCCAGGCAGAGUCUCUUCCCCAGCGAAAAGCCUCUAAACUGGGCCCUUCCUGCUUCACCAGGCCCUUGUCUAGAGCUACCAUCAUGGAGGGCUCUCCAGUGGCCCUAGAGGUGAAGGUGACAGGACAACCUGAGCCCACGCUCACCUGGCCUCCGCAGGCUCUGGGGCCGUGCUGUCUGACCUCCUGUCAUCGUGAUCACUCCAGGUUUAUUGAUGGAGACGUGUCAACUGACAUCCCAGGCCGAGCGCUGGUCUGCGAGGACGGGAAACACUUCCUGUUCAUCUCAGUGGAAUCGGACGCAGACGGCGGGUUACACGAGGCCCAAGCUGCCAAGCGUGACGACUCACAGCAGACAGCCGGUGAUAGGUGGCUAGUGGCCAAAGUGUUGGACACCAUCACUGUGGACUGGACGUGGUUCGGGACACUGUGUGUUCUCCUGUGGCUGCUCUACCUGAUGCUACUCUAACAUCUCUCUUCCUCUACGGGAACUCAACAACCUCAAUAAUAGGAAGCUGGAUAUCUGGAUUUACCUCCUGUUUCCGUUAGGUGGUACAAACUCUAAAAUACUAAAAGUAAAGUGAGUGUGUUUCCUCAGUGAAGCUUAAACCUGAAUCAGAUCAGUAUUUAAAGCUUCUUAAUUUUGUUUUUUUUCACAAUUACAUGACAUAUCUUUGCAACUUGAAUGUUAAUGAGAACUGCAAUUAAACCAUAAAAAACAGUUUAAAUGGAAAAAUAAAUCAUCAUAUUUGUUGAGCAUACCAUAUUCCAAACAAUACAUUUAAAUUUAUUUGAAAAUAUAAAUGAGUUUGGGAAAUAUGUUGCUGUAAUUUUAAAUAAAGAAGAUAAAGAAAGAUAAAGAAAAAUCCAAUGAUAAUUGUCAACUGUCAAUUAAUGUUGGUUACCAGGUGAGUUAAUGGACCUAAAACAGAAAACAUGGUCAAUCUGUGUGUAACCAAUGUUCCUGUUAUAUUGAUCAUAUUCUAAUGAGAGUUCCACAUAUUUAAAAUGAAAUCUGAAUUAAUUAUUAUUUUGUUGUCAGAUGAUUUUUUUUAACCUCAGCUCAUUUAAGAAAUUUUUAAAAAAGGAAAAACUACACAUGGUAAUAAACCAAACUGCAUUUACAACGAGGAAGAAGUUUAUGUUUGAUGCAGCUUCUGUGUGUAAGUUGUUUGCUUCACUUAAGGUGGAAUUCAUUUAAAUGUAAAGCAAUUAAAGGGCCAGUGUGUAGGAUUCAGGGACAUCUAGUGGUGAAGGUGCAUAUUACGACCAACUGAAUUCCCCUAACCUUCUCUUCGUAGUGUGUAGGAGAAUCUACGGAGCAGAGCAGAGAUUAAUGAUCAGGUUAUUGUUUCGACUGGUUGUAUUUGUAUUUACGUCUCAUUGGUCAGAAUCGGGGACUGGUCCUGAUCCCAGAGUUCAAAUUGUGGAGUUCAAAUCACAGGAAGUGAAGAGGACAAUACAGUUUGUUUACAGGCCUAAGUUGCAGUGUGUCUGAUGUGAUGUCAUCACUGGAUGUGUCAGUGAUUGGCUGCAGCCGGGAGGACACGAGUCACGAGUCACCACAGUUGGAGAACAGCUGGAGACCAGCUGGAGAACAGCUGGAGACCUGUGGCAGCAGCUCAGGAGUGUGAUCGGAUCCCACAGGAGAGAAUCGUUCUGCUGAUAUCGUCUCCGUGGCGACACUGUUGUUCUGAUGCACAUGGACGACACAGGUGAUGUCAGUGUUAUGACAUCAUCAUAAGUCGCCCACACACAUUGGACUGUACAUGAUGCAGUGACUGAAACACACACACACACACACACACUUUCACGUCUACUGUAAAGUUUUGGUUGAAAUUCUAAUAAUAAAUCUGUUUUUAAUGGAAUAUUCAUAUUAUGAUUAUUAUGUAGCCAGUCACACCUGUCAUCU